CUCGCCGGAAGUUGACAGUUAGCAUCUCAGCCAGUUUACGUUCCCAGUGAGACUGUGGAGCGUCCAGGUGUAAAAAUGUUGCCUUUAUCUAUCAAGGAUGAUGAGUACAAACCGGCCAAGUUCAACCUGCUGCUCAAACUGUCCGGGUGGUUCAGGUCGAUUUUAGCUGAUAAAACCUCCAGGAAUCUCUUCUUCUUCCUCUGCCUCAACCUCUCAUUCGCCUUCGUGGAGUUAACCUACGGCAUCUGGAGUAACAGUUUAGGUCUCAUCUCAGAUUCCUUCCACAUGUUCUUUGACUGCACCGCCCUGCUGGCCGGCCUGGCAGCCUCCGUCAUCUCCAGGUGGAGGUCCAAUGACAGCUUCUCCUAUGGCUACGUCAGAGCCGAGGUUCUGGCCGGCUUCGUCAACGGACUCUUCCUCAUCUUCACCGCCUUCUUCAUCUUCUCAGAAGGAGUGGAGAGAGCCUUGGAGCCGCCAGACGUUCACCACGAGCGGCUGCUUCCUGUUUCUGUGGCCGGCCUGCUGGUCAACCUGGUCGGGAUCUUCGUCUUCCAGCACGGAGGACACGGACACUCGCACGGGGACGGAGGUCACGGUCACAGCCACUCUCUCUUCAACGGCAGCCUGAGCCAUGGACACGGAGGACAUGGAGGACACGGACACAGCCAUGAUGGACACGGGCACAGCCAUGAUGGACACGGGCACAGCCAUGACAAACACGGAGAUCAUGGACACAGUCACGGGGGACACGGACACGGACAUGGACAUGGAGGACACGAGGACUGUCACAAUGAGCUUCAGCGCCCAGGAGAAGGAUCCAGCAAGCAGAUCCUACAGGGAGUCCUCCUCCACAUCAUCGCCGACACUCUGGGAAGCAUCGGCGUCAUCAUCUCCGCCCUCCUGAUGCAGAAGUACGACCUGAUGAUCGCCGACCCCAUCUGCUCCAUGCUGAUCGCCCUCCUCAUCGGAGUCAGGUGAGCUGACAGGUGGGCGGAGCCUCAGCAGCGAACCAAUCGGCUCUCUGAGCCGCCAGAGUCCGGCCGUGUCGGGUUGUGAUGAGGCGAAGGGGAACAAUGGAGUGAGGUCACUUCCUGUUCAGAGGGGAAGCUGCUGCUUUGGUUUGUUUUAAACGUUGAGCUGAAAUUCCUGGAGACUCGGAGGGAACCU